AUGUGGAGGCUCUUCAACAACAGUUUCCUACCAAAUGGAGAAGGGACUCAGGGACAACAAGUAGAGGCUUAUUGGAAGAAGAAGGGCAAGUCUGUCAACUUCCAAGAUUCCUACUACUUGGAUCAGUUUGAUAGCUGUGACAAUGAUGAUAUAUCCGACUACCCUGAAGAAGUGGCAGAUGAGAUAUGCUCCCUUUGUAGUCAACUCAUCCAAUAUGAGAGGAAAUUGUCACGACCAACCCCAGAUAGUUGCGCUGAGCCAAGGACUCAAAAACCUGCAUCUGGUUCGACCAGUUUUGCAAUGGAAAGUGCCAUAGGCCAGUUCAUGCAGAAAGCCAUGACCAACGCCAUGGCCAGCUACUUCAACAACAUGAACAGUGGUUAUCCUUGGACUCAGGAGCAAUUUAUUCAAACCCGUUGGGGUGCGAAUAGUCAACCUGAGCGCGACAAUAACAAUUUGGCCAAGCCCUCUGAGGACCAUGAUAAACAAGCUGAGCAACAAGAGAAACCAAGAAAGCCUGUAAUUAUUAAGGAAGUUAGCAAUAGCGACAAUGAUAAGGAAUCAGUGCGCGACAACACCAAAAAGAGAAAGGAACUACCGUUUGAGAAAGUCAAGCCCAUUCUACAAGAACCAGUAUAUUCUGCAAAAGCACGUGUUCCAGAUAAAUACCAGUUGCGUGUACCAAUUCAAAAGAAGGCUGUGGCAGAAGCAGUUUACGACAAAAUGAAAAACAUGUCAGUUGAUGUCACUGUGGGUGAACUCCUAGCAGUUUUAGGGACUGUCCGCGACUCCAUUCUGAAGGACUCUUCCAAGAAAUGUGUACCAGUUCAGACGUCUAUGCUUCAAGAAACUGGUUGCGUCAUUGAAGACGUUUGGGAGGGAGAACUGAGCUACAACCUAGUCAGUACUAAGGAAUUGCCUGAGCCUGUGUUCUAUCAUAACACAGUCAAAGGAGAAAUUCCCAUUGGCGCAGUUGUUGUGACGGACCCAUAUGAGAUGUACUUGGAGUCAAUACCCUCUAAUGAGAACCCAAGGCAUGUCUAUGUUGGUAAUUCAUUGGCUGCUCCCAGAACAAUAAACAGACAGAUUAAUGCAUGUCUUGACAUGGACUGCAUCCUCGACAGUGGAUCUCAGAUUGUCUCAAUGGCCUUCUUGGAAGCCGUCAACGCACAAUUAAGCUGGGACCCAAAAGUUGUCAUCUAUAUGGAAAGCACAAAUGGAUCUAUCUCUAAGGCAUUGGGAUUAGCGAGAAAUGUACCCUUCAGAUUUGGGACCAUUCUGGUCUACCUACUCGUGAUCAUGGAAAGUGAUGGUCAAUCAUGA